CCAAAGACGAAGGUUGGUACCCGAUAUAUAAUCUAAAUAGAAGCCAAGGAAAGAGUAAGAAAGAAUCAACACCUAUGGAGAAUAAAUCAAGCCUUCGGAUAGUUUUGACUAUCGCAAUUGGAGCUUCCCUUCUUUUUGAUUGCAACGCUUUUGUGACAAGGACGACAACGACAUCGGCGACUGCAAAAACAUACAAGCAGGCGCAACCUGAACAUCUCUAUCUCAAUCAAAACCAAUAUUAUUCGGGAUCUAGUUCGACGUUGCUUUCUUCUGUUACUGAUGACGACUCCACGACGACAACCAGCGAAAAUAUUCCGAUUCCCAACGAAUGGCAGGGAGAGGUCCUGAAAACCCUAAAGUCUAUCAUCGAUCCCGAUUUAGGACAAGAUAUUGUCACCCUUGGCUUUGUUCAAAAUCUGAAAUUGGAUGAGGCCGAACGGAAGGUCUCAUUCGACGUAGAACUAACGACGCCCGCCUGUCCCGUUAAAGAAACCUUCCGAAGCGAUUGCGAACGUCUCGUCUCGGCACUUCCCUUUGUUGGAAGCGUGGAUGUGACUAUGACGGCACAGGAACCCAGCAACACGGAAACAGACACGUCGGGAAUGGCCGGAAUCGGUGCCAUAAUUGCCGUGAGUUCUUGCAAGGGCGGGGUCGGAAAAUCGACGACUUCGGUCAACCUGGCCUAUGCCCUCCAAUCACAAGGAGCGAGCGUCGGAAUCUUCGACUGCGACGUCUACGGACCAUCGCUUCCUACUAUGGUCGAACCAGAUGACGACAUGGUUCGGUUUGUUGGGCGACAGAUUGCUCCGCUUCAAAGAAAUGGUGUCCGUCUCAUGAGCUUCGGAUACAUAAACGACGGGUCGGCAAUCAUGCGUGGACCGAUGGUCAGCCAGCUCCUCGAUCAGUUUCUGAGCGUGACCCAGUGGGGUUCCCUCGACUACUUGAUUCUUGACAUGCCUCCGGGCACUGGAGAUAUUCAGCUGACACUGACCCAGCGGCUCAACAUCACCGCAGCGUGAGUUUCGUGAUGGGUAUUGUUUGUUUCCGUUCUCGUUCCUUGAUAAUGCGAACAGCAUUUUGUUGCUUUGCUUUGCAACGCACUCACAGUACUUAUUUUUCUUCCUCCUUCAAAUUUUUGUAUGCGUGCUACAUGAACGACCUGGAAUUUUCGUAUGUCCACUGAAAAAUAACUGCAUUUUGUUCAUGCUGCCAGUGUGAUCGUAACGACACCGCAAGAGUUGAGUUUUGCUGAUGUUGUCAGGGGAGUAGAAAUGUUUGAUACGGUCGAUGUGCCGUGUGUGGCCGUAGUUGAGAAUAUGGCGUACUACGACAGCGAUCCUGCAAGCCAGGUCAACAACAAAGACGAGCUCGAAGAGGAUGUUCGCAAGAUGUUGGCCGAAAAAGGGUUGCUAAACAAUGGUGAUGGCGACAAAUUUGCGGAAGAAUUGGUACAAACUGUGUUGAAAAACGCGAAAACGGAUCCCGUUCAGAUCUUUGGACCGGGUCACAAAAAACGGCUGUCGGAUCAAUGGGGGAUCGAACACACAUAUAGUAUGCCGCUGAUGGACCGCAUUGCAGCUAACGGAGAUUCGGGAACGCCAUAUGUGCUGGAAAACCCAGAGAGCUCACAAACGCAAAUUUACAGAGAACUGGCCAAGUCGGUAGUAAGCGAAGUGGCCAAGGCCAAGUUUGCCUCGCGACGGCCGGAAAUUGAGUACAUUGAGGAAUUCAACAUAAUCCAGGUCGACGACGAGCCAUUAGAUUCUGCCACCCUGCGGCGAGCUUGCCGGUGUGCAGCGUGUGUGGAGGAGCUGACGGGGAAACAAAUUCUGAAGGCGUCAGAUGUUUCCGAUGACAUCAAGCCGCUGCGCAUGUCCGGGACCGGAAAUUACGCCCUUUCCGUAGAUUGGUCGGACGGACACCGUUCCCUAUAUCCGUACCGGCAGAUUCGGUCGCUGAUAGGUCAAGACGAAGAUAACACGGCAUUAGCGCCGAAGACAACACAAGAAUCCGAGUCGACAGAAUCGGAUCAGAAGGCAUGCAGUUGUUGUUAGGUAAAUGAUAGAGCCCGCACUGGUACACGAAAAGAAUAAUUUGAACUUCUUUAU